GAUUCCUUUAAUUUGGUAUAUAAAAUCGGUUUUGUAACCAUAUUGCACAAGAUCGUGAUCCACAAUGCAGGCGAUCAUAGCUUGUUUGCUUUGUGUUGUAAUCCUCGUGGAAAGUAAUGAAUAUACCAACGUCACCUACCAACCAGUUCAAAGGCAAUUGUUGGACUUUAAGAACCACCAUCCGCGCCCGAUAGGAUUAUGGACUAAAAAUGCCGGAGAGCCAGUUGACAUACGUGACACAAUAACAAUUAACUCUGAUCUAUUUAGCAACCAAUUGCUUAUUGAUACAAUGUCGACAAAAAAUGCUGAAAGAAUACCAGAGCGAGUGGUUACCGCCAAAGGUACUGGAGCCUUCGGUUACUUCGAAGUCACACACGAUGUCUCAAAGUAUACGUACGCUGACGUUUUCAAUGGAGUAGGCAAGAAAACUCCGGUAAUCGUCAGGUUUGCAUCGGCAUUUCAAAAUAAAGGAGGCUCUGAACUUGCUAGAGAUUUGAAAACUAUGGCAAUAAAAUUUUACACUGAAGAAGGAAACCUAGAUAUUCUAGCUCUUUCAAUCCCUGUAUUUGCAUUCAAAGAUCCCAUGAUGACGAGAGACAUGAAUCAUGCAUUCACGAGAAAUCCUCAAACUAAUAUGUAUGAUUUCACAAGUUUUUAUGAUUUAGUGACACUAAGACCUAGCUUUGGUCAGGCCCUCUUUUGGUUAAUGUCUGAUUAUGGUAUUCCAAACGGCUACAGAAAGAUGGACGCCUUCCCCAUUCACACUUACGAACUUGCGAGUAAGCACGGAGAGAAAUAUUACGUGCGGUUCAACUUCAGGACUGAGUUGGGUUUCUCAAACUUAACAACUGCUGAAGCAGCCGCCAUUCAAUCUUUAGAUUUGGAUUACUUUACUCGAGAUUUGUACAACGCUAUUGGUUCAGGACAAUACCCUUCAUGGAAACUAGAGAUGGAUGUCAUGUCGCUGCAUGAUUUAAAAAAAGUUGAUUACAAUCCUUUUGAUGUUACAACAUUGUGGAAAAAUGGUACAUUCUACACGGUGCCAAUUGGGCGAUUGGUACUGAAUAGGAACGUUAAAAAUCACUUUAGAGAUAUCGAACAAGCUGCAUUUGACCCUGGUAAUUUAGUACCUGGUAUUCCUGGGCCAGUAGACUUUUUGUUCCGUGGUAGAAGAAUGGUCUAUAGGGACACUCAAAACUAUCGCUUGGGAAGAAACCACAACAAGAUUUUAGUAAACAUGCCAUUGUACGAGAAGACGUAUGUUCGAGAUGGGAGACCACCGACUAACCUUAACAUGAAGAACGCUCCCAACUAUUAUCCUAAUUCAUUCCAUGGACCAGUUCCAUACGUGGAUGAAAAGAGGCCAUUGAAGAAGUUAGAAGUAUUAGAAAAUAAUGUUGUAGAUUUGGCACCGAUGUCGUAUUUCUACAAUCAUAUUUUGGAAGAUGAAGCUCAGAGGCAGAGAUUUGUAGCUAAUAUUGUCAUGACUCUUGUGCCAGUCACUCCACCGGUCGUUCAGAGAGUUAUGAAACUCUUCCACUUGGUCGAUGAUGAUUUGAGUGAGCGUGUCAGGACUGGUUAUGAGGCAGCCAUUGCUGCCCAGGAAGCAGCGGCUGUGGCCACUCCACCUCCAGCUGUUUCGUCAAGAAGAGUUCCGUCGGCACAAAGUCUUCCUAAACGUGAUUCAAAAUAA